AACAAGACAGAUGGGGCAGUGGAGAUCCCCGACCGGGAGCUGUACGUGCGUUGGCUGGAGCUGUCGGCCUUCAUGCCCUCCAUGCAGUUCUCCAUCCCGCCCUGGCUCUACGACAAGGAGGUGGUGGAGAUUGCACAGAAGUUCACAGAGCUCCAUGAGUCGCUGGUGGCCCCGCUGCUGCUGGAGCUGGCCGGGGAGGUCACUGACACGGGCGACCCCAUCAUCCGCCCCAUCUGGUGGAUCUCGCCCCGCGAUGAGGCCACUCACAGGAUUGACUCCCAGUUCCUCAUCGGGGACACCCUCAUGGUGGCCCCCGUCCUGGAGAUGGGCAAGCAGGAGCGCGAUGUGUACCUGCCAGCGGGCAAGUGGCGCAGCUACAAGGGGGAGUUGUUUGAGAAGACUCCAGUGCUGCUCACGGACUAUCCCGUUGACCUGGAUGAAGUCGCCUAUUUCCUCUGGGUUUCCUAA